AUGGGGUUCUCAUUCGGAUCGUACAGCUCGAUCUGCGACGAGGUGGCCAUGGUGGUAUGUCCACUUCUCGGCAACUCGGGGCUGGGGCUCGAACCGGUAUGCUACUCGAGAAACGUCGAGAUCAACAAGACGAUCAUCUUUCAACCCGCCACGUGCUUCAUCCACAUCGCCGCGCUCGUCAUGACGGCGAUCAUGGUGUACCACAUUCGCAGCAAGUACACUGCUGUUGGACGCAAGGAGAUCGUACUCUUUUUCUACCUCUACGCCAUCUCGGAGGUGCUGGUGAUCUUUUUGGACUCGGCGAUUGUGCCCACCUACUCGGCAGCCUACCUCUACCUCACAGCCGUCUAUGUGGGACUUAAGACGGCCAUAUUUUGGUGUCUGUUGAUCAACGGGUUUGUGGGAUUCCAGUUUGCGGAGGAUGGAACACCCAAAAGCUUGUGGUUCAUCAGGUUGUCUUCGGUGGUACUGUUUGGUAUUGGGAUGUUCGUGUCGGUUGCAACGUUCAAGGGGAUUGCGGGGAUGUCGCCGACAAAGCAGACGGGUCUGUGGAUCGUCGAGCUCAUCUUCCCGCUGGCGUGCGUACUCAUCUACACGGUGAGCCAGGUCCUGCUGGUUCUGCGCACGCUCGACGACCGCUGGCCGCUGGGAGACAUCACUUUCGGCCUGUUCUUCUUCGCCGCAGGAUUGAUCCUCAUGUACGGAUUCGGCGAGGAGGUUUGCAGGGCAGUCAAGCACUAUAUCGACGGCACGUUCUUCGGAACGCUGUGCAUGCUGUUGGCGGUGAUGAUGGUGUACAAGUACUGGGACUCGAUCACCAAGGAGGACCUCGAGUUUUCGGUGGGCAGCAAACAGGCCGUUUGGGAGGUCAAGGAUGCCGGGUUCGGGACUGCAUCGUCAGAGGGCGAUGGGACUAUGCUCGGUGCGGGAAGUGCCAUGACGCACGACUCGUUCAGGGGUACGAGUCCAAGCAGGUUCCAGGGACCGGGUAAGAGCAACAUGGCCUAUCCGCCCGUGGGCAACUACUCGCACUAG